CAACUACAACCACCCCACCAACUACAACCAUGACCACUGCACUAACUACAACCACAACCACAGAACCAACUACAACCACGUCCACAUCAUCAACUACAACCACAACCACAGCAUCAACUACAACAACAACCACUGCACCAACGACAACAACAACAACUACUACAACUGAAGCCCCCCCUCCAGUUGUUGCUAUUCAAGCAGUCUUGGUAGUACCGUUUGUACAACAACUUACUGAUAGAAAUAGCCAAGAAUUUAAGACACUGGAAGCAACAGUUGUAGCAGUGUAUGACGUCAUCUACAGGAAUCGAUAUGGGUCACUUUUCAUCCGCACUUUUGUCAUAGCGUUCAGGCCAGCUGGAGGCCGUACACGAAUGGACAAUACUGAUGCAGAAGUGGGUGUUGAGUUCAACAGAACUACACCGGCUGCAGCAAUCCCACCAGCUACUGAUGUUGUGCAAACCUUAAUAGUGGCUGUGACCAAUUCUAGCAGUGCCCUCAACCUCACCAUUCAAGCCGACUCUGUCCAGCAAGUUCAAACAACUGCAGCCCCCACUACUACAGCUAAUACCACUGCUGCAAAUGCAACUACCAAUGCCACAACAACUGCAGCCCCCACUACUGCAGCUAAUACCACUGCUGCAAAUGCAACUACCAAUGCCACAACAACUGCAGCUCCCACGCAGCCACAGUCCUCUACAACCCCAGUUACAAGUAUUGUCACUACAUCGACAACCUCUACCACAACUGUUGAGGCAGUUACAACAAGGCGGUUGACUUUCAGAUCUCCUAGAGAGACCUUUACAAAUGAUUUGCUAAAUCCCUCAUCUCAAGCAUUUAUCAGUCGGGCUAAUCUGCUCAAGUCAAAUCUGGAACCUUUCUACCAAAGAGCAUUUUCAUCAUUCCGCUUCUUGACUGUGAUUUCAUUCAGCAACGGAUCAAUCAUCAACAACAUGGACCUCACGUUUAGAUCCACAUCUAUUCCUAACAACACUCAGAUUGCCACAGUUUUGGUCGAAGCAUCUUCCAACAUCACAGCCUUUAACAUCGACACAAGCUCUAUUUCUGUGGAUGGUGCAGGAAUUACAGUAACAACCACCACUGCACCAACUAGUACAACUAUUGCAAAUGGAACCACCAACGCAACAACCACCACUGCACCAACUACUACAACAACCACCACUGCAUCAACUACAACAGCUGCUACAACCGAAGCACCACCCCCAGUUGUGGCUAUUCAAGCAACCUUGGUAGAAGUGUUUGUCCCAGAACUCAGUAACAGGAGCAGCCCACAAUUUAGGGCCCUUGAGACAAGAGUUGUAACAGUGUGUGACAUCAUCUACUUGGCUCGAUAUGGUAGAAUUUUCCGCCGCACAUUCAUCAUAGCAUUUAGACGAGCUUUGGGCCAAACACGAAUGGAGAACACUGUUGCAGAGGUGGGAAUCGAAUUCAACAGAAAUACCACACCUGCAGAAAUCCCACCAGCUUCUGAUGUUGUACAAACCUUAGUAAAUGCAGUGAAUAAUCCCAACAUUACGCUCAACAUCACUAUUCAAGCCAACACUAUCCAAGUACUUGAUACAAAUGCAAUUACCAAUGCCACAACAACUGCAGCUCCCACAACAUCCACCACAACUGCUGAGGCAGUUACAAUAAGGCGGUUGACUUUCAGAUCUCCUAGAGAGACCUUUACAAAUGAUUUGCUGAAUCCCUCAUCUCAAGCAUUUAUCAAUCGGGCUAAUCUGCUCAAGUCAAAUCUGGAACCUUUCUACCAAAGAGCAUUUUCGUCAUUCCGCUUCUUGACUGUGGUAUCAUUCAGUAACGGAUCAAUCAUCAACAACAUGGACCUCACGUUCAGAUCCACAUCUGUUCCUAACAACACUCAGAUAGCCACAGUUUUGAUCGAUGCAUCUUCCAACAUCACAGCCUUUACCAUUGACACCAACUCUAUUUUUGUGGAUGGUGCAGUAGCGUCAAGUGGAGUGAGCCACAUGAUCAGUUCCAUCACUGCAUCCUGUCUGGUGUUGCUGUCAUGGCUACUGUCAUGCCAGUGAUAGUCUGUGCUGAAGAAGAAAAUGUCUGCUGCUACUAGUAUGAAGAAGGCUAUUGUUCAUCUUGAAAAUCUUGAAAACUGAUUCAUAGCCUCUGAUGAAUAGCAAUUAUAUGAUUUUGACUUCAAACUUGAAAUCACCUGACAUCCCUGAAACAAGUGUAAACACCACUUUACUCUGUUAUUAUGAAAGAAUAAUGUAAUUUGCACAAAGACAAUAUUAACUGAUUUAGUUAGAAUAGUUGUAAGUUAUAAUCAACAGUGAUUACAAAGGCAAGUCUUGGGAAACUGUUAAAUGACUAUGUUAUUUGAUCUGUUUUUUAAUCAGUAAAAGGGCUGAUCAGACUCCGACAUUAAAAAAAAAUGACUAAAUUUAGU